AUACGAUGUAAUAAUCACUAUUUGAUAAUAUUCGCUAAUUUGCUUUAAAGUUUGACAUGUUUGGAUAACCACCCUCCUUUAGAAUUUUGGGAAAAUAGAAAUAUAAUUCUACUAUAGGGGCCCUUUUUACAAUUGGAACUUUAUUCUUUGCUUUAGCUUAUUUAGUUGUUGGAAUAUAAGAAUUAGUGGCCAAAGAUUCACCAAAUGUGAUUCAAUCAGAAAGACAAGUAAUUGAGACAUCUGUAUAUUUUUGAUAUAUUAAGCCAUUUUUUCUUAACAGAAACAACUUCACACUCGCUAUAACAUUGGCUGAUCUCAAUAGCCAACCUUUGACAACUAUAAAUAAGUUUUUUAAUAUUUAACUUAAAAAUUGCUAAACCCUUAGAAUCUAUAAUGAGAAAACUUAGACUUCAAAUGUAACAAGAAAGUAAUUAAUAUUUUAAUUUAGUUGUACAAUUAUUCCCCUUGAAGCAUGUACAAAAGAUCAUUUUUUAUCUGAUACUCAAGUUGACUACUUUUCAAGAAUUAGACUGGGUUCUGUACAAUGCAUCCAAAAGGAUUAUUGGGAUAGUUAUCCACCUGUAAUGAAAGUUAUUUAUUAUUUCUUUAGGUAUUACAAGGAAUUAAAACAAGUCCUAUAUAUUCAUCAUUGACAAUCACUGUUUCAGUGUGUAAGAAUUCAACUAAUAAUAUGGAUUGUGCCCCAAUUGAAGAUAUUAAAAAAUAAUUAAGUUCUGGAUUUUAUGCAGUUCAUUUAAGUGAUUCAUUAUUACAAAUGAAUAGGGCUACCAAUAUGUCAUUAGAUGUCAUAAACAUUUAAUACUAUACAUUUUCAAUUACCACAUCUAAAAAUAUAUUUUAGCAAUUUAAAGUGAUAGAAACCCAAACAGAUUCUGGAUUGGUUUUUUCAGAUUUUUCCAAAUAACAAGUUUUGAUUUAAGAUACCUUAAGAGAAUCGGCUGACUUAUAUAAUGGCGAAUAUUUAGUCUUACAUAAUAUAAAUUUAAGCCCAAAAUAUAGCGAAUAUUAAAGAUCUUAUGUUAAAAUUUAGGCAAUUUUAAGUAGAGUUGGAGGUUUAUAUUAAAUGAUAUUUUUAUUAUUGGCUGCUUUUAUUAAACCGUUAGUUCAAUUAAUGUUAGAUAUAGAUAUGGCAAAUGAACUUUUUAAAUUUGGGUUUUAAAAUAAUAACAAAGAUAAAUCAAAUAUAUCUGAAGAUAAUAAAGUUAUUGAUGCAUUAGCUGGAAUAGUCAGAAGUAGGAGAAGGCUAUUAUCCCCCAGAGAUACUGGAAAAUUAAAUAGUGAGCCUAAUCAAGAAAUUAAUAUUGUAAUGAAUGUUAAUUUAAUCAUUUUUAGAAUGAAAGUUUAAAUGAAAUCUUAAAAAAAAGAAACCAAAUUGAUCCAACAAUCAAAUAAAUUAUAUGGAUAUAUAUUGGAUGUGAUAAAAAAAAGAGAAAGAUGUUAGAUAUUGCAAAAGAAAAAUAUAUGGAAAAACUAGAUGUGAAAUUAAUAAUUUAGAAAUUAUAUCAAUUUGAUUAACUUAGAGAUAUAAUUUUGACAGAAGAAUAGAAGAAAUUAUUUAAAUAUUUGCCAAAGCCUAAUAUUGUUUAAGAUUUAGAGCAAGCAAAAUUUUUAGAUUUUCAAAAUUAAAGUUAGCAAUUAGAAUCAAUAGCAAUAUAGGAAGCAUUUGAAGCAUAUGAAAAGGUAUUAUCAUAAGGUUAAAAAUCAGUAGUUAAUUUAAAAUUAAUUUAAUCAUUAGACCCUGAAAUUUAGAUACUAUUUUAAUCAAUUUAAAAGAGUCAAGCUAAUUAAAAUUAAUUUUUGAAUGAGAUUCCUUUGAAUUAAUCUAAAGUCAGAUUUGAUGGUGGUGAUUUAGCAGAAUAUUAAUCAAUCUAUCAAGAAUGUAAUACAAUUCCUCAAAGAAUCUAUACAAAGAUUGCUAAAAAAAUGAAUAAAUAACAUGAAACAUAAUGA